AUGAUAAGUUCAGCUAAAGAAAGAGGUAAAAGGAUUCUAAAAAGCUUAAAUUUAGAAUAUUUAACUGUAUGCUUUGAUUAUAAUUAUUUUGAUUCAAAGCAGAGAGCUUUAAAGGUAUACAUAAACACUUUUUAUAAAGAAGCAGGAAACUCAAAAUCUCUAAUCUUUCUUUACAAAUUAGCCUGUGAAACUAUCACAGUGGGAAAAUACAAUCUUAAUUUUGUCAUAGAAUUCGUAUUAAAGAAAGGGUUUAGGUUAAAAUAUGAAAAUACUGAUUCUUUGUAUCUCACCUGCCCUAAUAGGUAUUACAAAAAAUGCAAUGAGGCCUUUUCUAGAAAAGAACUUUCUAAAGAAGCGUAUUGGCUGAAAUAG